AUGACAGCCUCAGAGUCAACCCAGAUUACUCGCCGCUCUUCCACGCAACACUACCAGACGUUCGACACCCCGCCGCCCAAGUCGCGUGGGCGACCCAAUUCCGGCCAGUCGGAGUCUUCAGGAGAUGGCUCACACGAUCCAAAUGACUACAAUGACCAGCCUGGCACGAACUCGCCACUGCCGAAGAAGCAGAUGGCGGUGCUCGCCAUGAUCGCCUUGGCGGAACAGACAGCCCUCAACUCGAUCAGUCCUUAUCUCCCCGAUAUGGCGUCGACAUUUCCAGAGGUGGAACCCAGUCAAGUAGGUGUUUAUGUGGGAACUAUAGCGUCGGCAUUUGCUUUGGCACAAUUUGCGACCAAUUACUAUUGGGGUUGGCUGUCAGAUCGGAUUGGGCGCAAGCCGGUGAUCCUGCUUGGGACACUUCUUACUGCCCUGUGCUUCGUCGCAUUUGGUUUCUGCAAGACCCUUUGGCAAGCUAUACUGGUGCAGGCAUUGAUGGGUGUGGUCAACGGGAAUCAAGGCCUGGUCUCCACCUGUCUGGGUGAGAUUACGGACCGCAGCAACCAGUCGCAGGCUUUCACUUAUCUCCCCGUUCUAUAUGGAAUUGGAGGUAUCACCGGCCCGCUCUUGGGAGGACUGCUGAUCUUUGAGCGCAACCCGUUCACUGGCAAUAAGAGCACAUAUCCAUACCUCGCACCAAAUAUCGUUGCCGCCGCCAUCCUUCUUGUGGACUUUACUUUAACGGCUAUCUUCUUGGAAGAAAGCUUGGAAGACGCAGACACAUUGCCCAAAUUUGGAAAGAAGGUUCGCAGCCUUUUUACUUGGCUGUGGCAGUUCACGGGCUUUUCAAGACACCCGACGUAUCUUCGACUUCCGCAAGAAACGCCAUAUUCUUCACUUCACCGUGGCACUGCGGAUACUGAGGAUCAUGAUAGCGACUUGGACUCAGCCUCUGAAGUGUCGAGCCGGGAUAACCAUCAUGCAGAGGAGUUGACUUGGGAUGAGAUUUUCACAAGAGACACCAUCCUCCUUCUCCUAACAUAUCUGAUUUUUGCUUUCUGCAAUGUCUCCUUCAAUUCGCUGUUCCCAAUCUUCGCACAAGCUAAGCCGCCCGUUGGCCGUCAUCUGACCCCGUCUGAGAUCGGCUUGUCGCAAGGUUUUGCUGGCGUAGUGACGAUCAUUUUCCAAAUCUGCAUCUUCAACCGUCUGCGCGAUAAGAUGGGCAACCGAUGGUCCUACCGCGCUGGGCUGUUUGGAUUCGUGGUCUCGUUUCUUCUGAUGCCUUUUGUGGGCUAUAAGAGCCAAGAUGGAGAGAGUCUGACUCGCAAGUCGGCCCUCAUGGCUGUGGAGUUGUGCUUUGUGUUGCUAAUCAAGACGGUUGCCUCUGUGGGUGGGUUGACCAGCGCAUUGUUAUUGGCUAAUUAUCCCCAGGUCACUAACUCUGCUCCAGACAAUGCCGUUCUGGGUGCCCUCAAUGGGCUCGCGCAGACACUCUCCGCAGCCGGACGUGCCGUGGGUCCCUUUUUGUCUGGCGGUCUUUUCUCAUUGACAUCCAAGAUCCAGCCCAAGGGUGAAGCAAUCGCCUUUGGAGUCUUUGGCGCCGUCUCAUUCAUCGGUUUCAUCAUGAGUUUUGGCAUUCGCGGUCGAUCUCUCGAGGCCGAUGGCUGGGUUUCGGAUAGUGACGACGACAACUACAAAUCCGACGACGAGGACGAGCACAAUGGCGCUUGA